GAUACCCAUCAGGGUGAAGGCUUUCCCUGGGGAGAUGGGUGCAGCUCCAGGGACAUCUGCCCAGGAUCGCGGGAGAAACUGUUCCUCUACAUCCUGUCACAGCUGCCAGCUGACUGCCCCAGACUGGAAACAUAGGAGCCGCCAUUGACUCAGAAGGGUUGGACAUGUCUGAGGCACCAUCCUGUUCCAGCAACGAGACUCCUACCCCUGUUUGUGAUCUGAAGACCCUGUACUGGGCCUGUGUCCACAAUGACCCCACUGAGCUUCAAGCAAGGCUGGAUGCCGGGGUCUCCCCAGAGGAGGUUUCCCAGAGGGACAGCAAUGGGAGGACAGGCCUCAUGGUGGCAUGCUACCAUGGCUUUGGCACCAUUGUGGCUCUGCUCAGCUGCUGUCCUUUCCUGGAUGUGAACCAACAGGACAAAGACGGAAACACAGCCCUCAUGUUGGCUGCUCAAGCAGGUCAUACGCCUCUGGUGACUCUCCUGCUCAACUACUUCGCUGGCCUGGACCUGGAGCGCAGAGACCAGCGGGGGCUCACAGCUCUGAUGAAGGCUGCCAUUCGGGACCGCUCCGAGUGUGUGGUUGCCCUUCUCAUGGCCGGUGCUGACCUGAACUCCAUGGAUCUGGUCCGUGGCAAGACAGCCUUGGAGUGGGCAGUUCUGACUGACAGCUUCAACACAGUGCGGAGGAUCCGGCAGCUGCUUAGGCGGCCCCAGGCAGAACAGCUCAGUCUGCAAUACCAGCCAGAGUGGCCAGCCUUGGCCCAGCUUGUGGCCCAGGCCCAGGCUGCCCCAUCCCUCCUAGAAAGGCUGCAAACUACCCUGAGCCUCUCUUUUGCUGAGUGUCCACAGGAAGGGGGUGUUCUGGACCACUUUGUGACGGUCACCACCAGCUUGGCCAGUCCCUUCCUCACCACAGCCUGCCUCCCACUGUGCCCUGACCACCCACCCAGGCUAGGCACUCGGGGCAAGUCAGUACCCGAGCUGUUGGGUACUGUCCCUGCCCCUCCCCCAGCACCCCAUCCUCCUCAGGUUGUCCCUGUUCCCCAGGUCUUUGUCCCCUACCAGAGUCCUCCAAGUCUGCUCUCCCAGUGGCUACAGUCCAGGGACAGUACUGGUACCAGGUCACAAAUCCCCAAGAUCCUCCUCUCCAAGGCACCCUCUCCCCCUCGGCAGUAUGAGUUGAUCCUCAGGCCUGCAGGGCCGCGAAGUCUGACUCUUCCCCUGUGGAGAUACCAGGAAAGGAAGAAGCAGGAGGAAGAAGCAAAGAACCAUGGGGUGGUGGGCUAAGCUAAACUAGAGGCAAGUAAGACGCAUCCUUGUCUGGGGCCUCUUCUGCUUCCCUGCUCCCUCUUUCCUCGGGAACCUGCUCCCCCAAAUGUCCAGGCUGUCAACAGCAGUGUCUGCAGGAGGGGACAGGAGCACCCGGAGUCUGCCGGCAGGGAACUGGCUACAGUGUUGCGGGGUAAUAGCCAUACGCUGUAUUUUGUGCAGUGUGUCUUAAAGCGGGAGAGCACCAGCUGUUCUCACAAGAAAUCUGGCUUCCAGUUGUAUCAAGGAAAUAACCAAGGGAGAAAAGCGGACAUGGCACGGCCCUAGUCAAGGAGAAAAUCUCCCUCCGGUGGUCAUGUUUGUAUCAUCUUUAUCCUCAACUUCGUAAGAUUUAUAGUCCCACAAAUGACGUGCCAACUGAGGAAGAGAGAACCACCUGAACCCAAGGACUGUCCAACCGACUGGGGCGGCACACUGAAUGAAAAGACAGACACCAGCACACGCUUCCCCUGUUACCUGACUGCCUCAAGCCGCUAGGCCUUCCCCUCAUGGAGUGAACAAGAAAAGUAAUUAAUGCAAGGUUACCGAAGACGGAUCACGGGAUGAGGAGCAAAAGAUAUUUAACCUCUCAGUAAGUGGAGCGACAGAAUGGACCAGAGAAAGAAACGGACUGGGCCAGCAGCAUGGGAAGGAGAUGGCAAAGUUAGGAGGAAAUAAGUUCCCGACUGGCCGUAAAACCUGAACUGGUUUUUACAUUUUUACCAAAUAAAAAUAAUUGGAGGGGGAGGUGUAGAGAUGGUUCAACAAUAAGAGCACUGACUGUUCUUGCACAGGACCCAAGUUUGGUCCCCAGCACCACAUUAUAGGGGAUCUGAUGUCCUGUUUGAUUUUCUUGGGCACCAGGCACUCUCUUGUGCACAGAGCUAUGUGCAGACAAAAUACCUAUGCACAUAAAGUUAAAUUUAAA